UCUUUACUCUCACUACUCCCCCUCUUUUUUUUUUCCUCCCCAUAGGCGGCCGUUGUUUAGUGUAACGAGGAGGUUUCUGUUGGUAGUCUGUAGUAGUAAUAAUACCAAUACUAGUAGAAAGGAACACACUAAACAAUAUAUUAUGGUACUACAAUAGCGGCCGUUCACCCUAAGGAACUAAGGAAAAAUUUUUAAAAAAAUAAUAAAGGCCACAAACUCAAAGAAAGUAUAUAUUAAAAGACAAUGAGUACUCGACAUGAAAAAGAACGUCAGCGAGCAGCGCAGGAGAAAUACCAGGCUGUUCUAUCGCAACUAUUGAAGGAUGAAGACAACAAAUACUGUGUUGAUUGUGAUGCCAAAGGGCCACGAUGGGCUUCCUGGAAUCUAGGCAUAUUUUUAUGUAUCCGCUGUGCGGGUAUUCAUCGCAACCUUGGUGUACAUAUAUCCAAGGUGAAGUCAGUAAACUUAGAUACUUGGACUGCAGAACAACUAGCUAUGUUAAUGGAAAUGGGAAACAGUCGUGCAAGAGCUGUUUAUGAAGCUAACAUUCCCGAUAAUUUCCGAAGACCGCAGACAGAUUCUGCAUUGGAAGCUUUUAUCAGGGCUAAAUAUGAACACAAGCGUUAUAUAGCUCGUGAGUGGGUUCAACCAAAGCCAACAGUACCAAAGCAGGUGAAAAAAGAGGUAAGGGAGUUACUUGAUGAUGAAAAACCCGAGAAAAAGAAAACCCGAGGAAGACCAUCUUCAAUGAUUCAGCUAAAUGCUCCUUCUCAAAAGGUUGAGUCAAAAGAAGUAACAGAAACAACUGCUCAGCCAUUAAAGGAGAUUGCUAAAGAAACCAAGAAGAGUUCUCAUGCUGAUGAUCUACUCAACUUGAGCUCUCCUGGUGAAUCUUCUGCAAACAAUGCAAACCUCUUAGAUGACUUCCUUGGAAGCAGUGGAACUUCUACAGCCAAUGCAGCACCUGCUGCUCCUAUAAAUGCUGUCCAAAGCCAAACCUCUGGACAGACACCUACAAACACUGCCAAUUCCAGCCAACAGGCAUUCCAACAAAAUGGAGCAUUUGAUGAUUCUCUUUUCACCAGUGCCAGUUCUGAUGCUAAGAGUGGUAAUGAUAAGACCACGAAAGAAUCCAUAAUGGCAUUGUAUGGAUCUUCAACUCCCCAGCAACAGAACAUCUUCGGCGUUCCAGUUGCAAGUCCUAUUGUAGGGGGUGCCUACAGCCAAGUGCCUUCCUUCUUCAGUGGUCAGCAAAUGUUUAGCCAACCUGGCAUGGCUCCCCAAGGCGCUAUGUUCUUGGCUCAGCAGCCCAAUACUGAACCUGUCAACCAAUACAAGUUGUUUACAGACACAACCACUCCAGGAGGGAUGUAUAUGCCAGCCCAAGGAAUCAAUGUUCAGCCAACAAUGCCGGCCAACAAUUCUAUGGCUGUACAGCAAGGCAUGACAGGGAUGGUGAAUCCAGGAAUAGUUGGCAUGCCACAAGCUGGCUUGUAUCAACUGAAUGCAACUGGUAUGAUGGCAACUGCCCCUGGAAGCAAUUCUAUGCCAGCAGCAGCAGCAGCUGGUAUGAUGAUGCAGCCUCCUCAGAUGGGGAUGUAUGCAGCUACUCAAGCACAACCACAGAUGAACCAAAUGAAUAUGCAACAGAUGCAACACCAGUUAGCAGCGAUGCGUUUAAAUACAUCAAAUGUCAUCCCACCCACUGGUCAAAUGGGAGUACGGCCACCUGUUGGAGCUCCCGCUAAUCAAGCUAGUAAUCCCUGGGGCAUGCAGCCUACUUCAGGACAGACUUUAUCAACUAACUUGUGGCAAUGAUCCAAAUUAUUAUUAAUAUUAUUAUUAUUAUUAUUUUUCAUUUUUUUGUUAUUUUCUUUCCCCAUUCAACUAGAACUAGCUCUUAAACCAGCUGUUUGCUGCAAUUUUUAGGUUAUGCAAGAAGCUGGGACUUCAUAGCUGAGAUGUGGAUGGGAAGUAGAUGGGCAGCUGGAGGAAAUAAAGGAAAUGACCAGAGAGAACUCAGUAACAUUCCCUUCUUUGGUGUUUCCUUGAUCCCUUCAGUACUUCCUGCCCUUUCAUUAAAUGAACCAAGCUGGCAUACGGCUUUCAGUUCAACAUAAGUUUUGUAAAUAAUAAUGAUUAAUAAUAAUAAUACUAAUAAUAAAAAUAAUAAUUAAUAAUAAUCAUAAAAAUAAUAAUAAUAAUUAAUGAUAAUAAUAUAAAAUAUUAAUUUAUAAUUUUUACACAGACCAAUAGAAAAGUUCACUGGUGAAAGUGAAUGAGGGAAAUAUAAUUAAAAGAUAAAGAAAAAUAACAAAAAAAAAAAGCAAAACAGGAAAACAAUUUAGAAUCUUUUUACUUGAAAAGCAAAUGAUUCUGAAAACAAAUGACCAAAGCUAUUCUGAUUGUGAAGUAAAUGGUAGGAGAAGGAGUUGGUGAGGAGGAUAAGUCAACCUUGUGAAGGUAGUGAAAGUAGAAUUUGAGUGUGUAGAUGUAGCGAAGCGUGUGGACUGUUGUAUUUCGUGAUAUAAAUACAACAGCAGAUCUUGUCUCAGCAACAAACAAAGU